AUGCCCCGCUGGACCAAUCAGCGAGACGACCACGCCCACCGCUCGCUUUUUUUCCCCCCUCAGUCACAUGACACCCUGACUUUCAAAAUGGCUUCCUCCUUGAAAGCCGGAGAGCCGCUGCGAGGCUUCCUUUCCGGAUCGGAGGCGCUGCGUUUGCCGGAAGAGCUGCGAUCCGAGCUGGAGCGGGCCUUGGCGGGGGAGGGAGGAGGCCGGCUCCCCUUCGCUGCGGCACGGAGGCUGCACCGCUUCCUGCGAGACGCCGGAUCCCAAACGUACCUUCACGAACUGCUGGAAGGCAGCGAGAUCUUCCUCCCUGAAGAGAAAUUGCCUCCAAGGAAUCCGGAAUUGGUGGCUCGGCUGGAGAAGAUCAAGGCCCGUCUGGCCAAUGAGGAGUAUAGGAAAAUCACAAGGAACAUCAACUCCCAGGAGCUGAACCGCUAUGGAAACCUGGCUGAGUUCGGGAAACAAGUGCGGUCCUCCAAAGCCCUGAUGGUCAACGUCUUCAACUUCAUCAUCACGGUGGGAGCUGCCUUCGCUUGUACUUUCCUGGGCAGCCAGUACGUCUUCGCAGAAAUGGCGGCGCGUGUCCUGUCUGCUGUGAUUGUCGCCUCCGUUGUGGGCCUGGCGGAGCUGUAUCUGAUGGUCCGGACCCUCGAAGGCGAACUCGGGGAGCUCUAGACUUCCUAAGGACCCUUUUUGCACUCAGGGGACUCUGUUGUCCAGCUACAAGGACACCAAAGCCUCUGGACAGUCAAGCUGUGAAUGGGAUAUUCUCCCCUGGACAUACUGUUGUGUCUUCAUAGGUUUCAAAUGGACCCUCCCAUAAUAAAGGUGUAGCUUUUGGUGUAAA